GACUUUCGGGUUUGCUCCAUCUCUGGUCCGCAUAGAGUUAUCCUGGCACCCAAACCAUUCGUUAGUUAUUAUUAAUUAACCUCCACAAACUCCUUUUAAUCUUUUCUUCGCCCUCGACAAAGAGAUUCCCCAAGUUCCCAUCUUUCAUUGGCUUUCGCAUCAACGCCAUGGAUCGAGCCCAGCUCCUUCUCCUAGGCUUACCUCUCUUCCUCUUCGCCACCGAUCUCAUCAGCCUCUUCACUCCUCCGCCGCCCAAACCACCUUCCCACCACCACCACCACCAUCAUCAUCAUCCCCACCCUCCCAAACCUUCAAUCAACUCUGAAACCCUAGAUUUUCCUUUACAGAAACCCAACGCUUUUGGAGGAAUCGGCUAUGGCAGCACGGUGAAUAUCAACUUUUGCGCUUCAUGCUCUUACAGGGGAACUGCUGUGACAAUGAAGAAGAUGUUAGAAACCGAGUUUCCUGGAAUUGAUGUAAUCCUUGAAAACUAUCCACCUCCAUUGCCAAAACGGUUGCUAUCCAAAGUGGUUCCAGUUUUUCAAUUUGGUGUUAUAGGAAUUAUAAUGGCAGGUGAACAGAUUUUUCCUAUGAUUGGGAUCAUGACACCACCGCCAUGGUAUUAUUCGUUGCGUGCUAACAGGUUUGGGUCCAUUGCAAGUGCUUGGCUUCUUGGGAAUGUGAUGCAGUCUUUUCUGCAGAGCUCUGGUGCUUUUGAGGUUUAUUGCAAUGGUGAAUUGGUAUACUCUAAGCUGAAGGAGGGAAGGUUUCCAGGGGAGAUCGAGUUAAAAGAUCUCGUGGGCAAAACAUUGGCUAAUACAAGAGUAACUGACGACCUUGGAGCAGUGUGGUCUUAGGUCAAUGUUUGGACAUUAACUGUUCGAUCACAGUAAUUUGAGCAUAAUAGUCCAAGGCUUGAGGUCCAUUUUGAUUAUUAGUACUUAUUAGAUUGCUGUAAUGAAAACAUCAAAAGACAUGGGAGCAGUUUUUCCAUCCUUUGUGUAUCUGAACCAUCCUUCACUUAUGGAAGCCACUUUAUUCUAACAAA